CCCACUCCCGUCGGGCCCCGGGCGCGAUGGCGGCGGCGGCGCCUGAGGGAGCCCAGGGAAGGGAUGAGGCGGGAGAUCCGAACCUCCCCGAGAACGACUUGGAGGCGAAAAUCGUCCGGGUGUCUUCAUGGCUAAAGAAAAUAUGUGGGGAUCGGAGUAUUCCAUUGUACGAGGUGAAUGAAAGGACGGUGGAUAUCUUGCACAGUCUUAUGGAACGCUGUGAAGACAGAGAAAGGGAUGUUUCUUUGCUGAUAGAGGACAUGAAGCAUCAGGAAGCAGAGCAUGAAGCAGCAACUAAAGAAAUACAGGACAUUUUGAAAGACUUGGGUCUUUCCCCAACCGAUCUGUCCAGAAAUGCCUAUGGAUACCUCUGUAGUCUGUCAAGAAGUGCAAUGAUACUUGAAACAAAGGACACGUCUCUUACCAGCCUCCUCUGUGCCAUCAGUAAUCUGACUUCGGAGAAGUUUGAAACAAAGCAAAAAAACAGAGAACUGCAGCGGAAGUUGGACGUCACCAAGAAAAAACUGGCUUCAGCCCUGAUGUUGAAACAGCAGUUACUGGAUGAUAUUGAGAGAGUAGAGGAAUGUCAGGCGAAAGAAUAUGCCAAAAGCGACAGUCGAGUAAACACCCUGAAGUACAUAAGAGAUAAAAGCUUGGAAUUAAGAAUCAGGAUCAGGAAUGCUGAGAGCGAGCUGAUUGACCGUGGGUUGGACAAAUCCCUGACACACGAUGCACUUGUGAAAUCCUCUGAGGAACUGGCUGAACUGCAGAAAAAAGUUAUGUCUCUGAAGAAGGAACUGCGUAUCUACUUAGAUUUACCUCUUAGUAUUCCCCUGGCAAAAGUGAAGGUUGAAGAAGCAAAACAAGAACUGAAGGCCUUGGAGGACGAACUCUCAAAGGAGCUCGACAAAGUGGCUUUUGAGUUCAUGUAGCCCAGCAGACAGCAGUUCACCUGAAGUGGCCUGUGUGGAAGAUUAUUUUCCUUUCAUUGCCUCCUUAUUUACACUAGUAAAAAAUUUCAGAAUUGUUACUGUA